AUGGCAAAUACGGAGACAAUCGAACUACCACCUCGUUUUUUUCCUCUUGGGGAAGAACCGGUUGGAUUAAGAGUCACUCCAUAUCACAAACCAGGAGGCCUCAGACUCAUUCUAGACACUCUCGAUCCUGAAGAAGUUGAUGUUAUUAAGCGGUCACCUUUCGGAAAGUUCCUCGAGCUCGCCGACCAGACACCCUACUCCGGCCGUCUAGGACGAUACAUGCUUUCCAGACAGCUGAAAGUUCGAAAAAAGUACGAGGCAUGGUUCCUUUUUGCGGAGAACCCAAUAAGAUUCUCACUGAGAGAGUUUGCCACUGUAACCGGCCUACCGUGUGGAAAAUACCCUAGCCCACCGUCGAAAGCCACGGAGAAACUCAUAUCUGAACAGCCAUACUACAACGUCCUAUUUGGCAUGCUUAAGGAAGUAACUGUAUCAUCUGUCAUCCGGAUGCUCAAGCGUAAGACGGUCACCUCACAAGAGACUAGAAUCAAGUACGCCCUUCUCGCAAUCCUUGCCUAUGUGAUUCUUCCAACCACUCACAUCGCAAAAAUAUCAGUUGAGCACGCCGAGAAGAUUAAAGACCUUGACGAGUUCUUCGCUUACCCGUGGGGCCGACUGUCCUUUGAGAUGUUGAUUAGCAGUAUAAAGGAAAAAGACGAGCUAAAUCUUACGCAAAGCACCAUCGCUCUCCCGGGAUACGUUCAGUCCCUUCAGAUGGUGAUGACCAGAGCUGUUCCCGCGCUCACUGAAAUUGUCACUCAAGACUCUGCAUCGGAUGUUGCUGGAGACGCGGACUUUUCUCAAACCCCCCUAGGAACGGUGAGCGUGACUCAUAUCAUCCCACAAGACACAGACGUGGAGGUUGACGAGGCGGAACUGUGCUUCUCCGACGAGGAAGAUGAUACAAGAGUAGAUUCAAUGGUCAGACUAAUCAAAGAUGGGUCGCGUUUUUCAAACCAAUUAUUCAAAGGCGGAGCUACCAAGGCCGAUAUAGAGCUCAUGCGCGAGAAGGCAGAUGAGGCAGCCGGGGGUAGGAAGAAGCGAAAGAGGAAAAUUCCAAUGCAAACGCCCAACAACUCCGACGAUGUUCAUGCUCCUCCAAUCGACAAAGGCAUAUCAAAAGCUGACAUUGACAGGGUUGAAGGCAAGGUUGAUGACCUUCGUGAAUCAUUCAAUCAAUUCCAAGAGAUAAUCAAGAAGCAUAUCUCAGACAACUCCGCUCACCUGCUCGUCUGUCAGAACAACUAUCAGAAGAUACUAGACUCAGUAGGUACUUUUCAGUCUCAGUCAAUCCGGCAAACACGCGUUCGAACUCCAACUGACAACCAGACGCUUGAUGCCUCAAAGGACCGCCCUACAACGACUCCCAUUCAGACCAGCAGAGAAGGCAUCGAUACUGACAUCAUAAGAUCUGUGAUAUCCAAUGUCCAGAAGACCUACGGGGACAAGGGUCCAUCUUUACCAGCCUCCACCCCACAUACAGACGAUGUGAGCGACAGCGGGGACGGGGGCGACCCUAUACCUGAUGAGAAUAUUGACAAGGAAAAUUACACUCUACCAUUACAAACCAUCAAUGACCAAGACCCACCUGAUAAUUCACGUGUUGCGACAAGCGUCAAGAAGACGAAUGUUGACAGGGGACCACAUAUGCCAGACGUCGGUGAUCUCGUAAAUUCUUAUAUUAUCGACAAGGACAUUGGCAACAACCAGCAAACUCUGUCAGGCAACGCACACCGUGAUUCAAACCUACAAGAAGAUCUCUCAUCUCCAUCCUUUUCUCUGGGCCUGACGCAGGAAGAAGUGCAGCUGGUAGAAGACCAAAUUCUAGAGCCGACCGUUAGAGAGGACACGGAAGUAGUCGGCAAGCCACCGAGCAGCCCUCCAGAUAUCCAAGCCAACGCCCCGGCGCCCACUAGGAAAAGCAAUCGCCUCAAGACAGUCUCAAAACUGAUUGUAGGUGUAUAUGAGUGCGACAAAGGCACACUAUCUCGUUUCAGCGAAGCAUACCCUGGCGCACUGAACAACAAUGCGUCCAUAGACUAUCCUACCAAGUUCAGCAAGCUUUCUGAUAUCUUGAAGACAACUAAGUCCAUUACAGUAGGUGGCAUAUCUGUAUCUGCGAAAGACCUUAUUGAAAUUGAACAGAGGACCAAAUCACUAUCGCCCAAGAUGUUUGAUGUAUUGAUGCACCACAUCGGGAUAAUGAUGAUGCCUCUAUCAAACUCCAGUCAAAGUUAUUUGUUCCUCGACACCAAAUUUGUCUCCAUCCUCUCCAAGAACUACCCACGGUUCAAGAAAUCUUCUCAGAAAGAGGAUUUUGUCUUCACUCCGAACCUGGUGGAAAUACUAGACCGACAUGAAUCACAGACAGGAGAGGUAGAGCGCAUCUACUUCCCUUUCAACCUCGACCAGGCACAUUGGAUCGGCCUAUGCUUUGACCGCAACACCUGGAAGCUGCUUGUUCUCGAUUGCAACACAUCCUACAAAAGUGAUUCGCUCACGGCAAAAGAACUUGCACCAACAGCCCAGAUGCUCCCUUACCUUCUGACGCAAGCUUGUCGCAAGCUGGAACCUGAGCGCCUUAAUCCAUUGACCGUGGAGAGGGCCAGACAGAUCCCACAAAACCGUAAACACGCAGACUCUGGUGUCACAGCAGCACUGCUCAUGCAAGCUCACGCGGCCGGGGGCAUAGAGGCAUGCAGACACCUGUCUACGGAUUUGGUGAAACAAGAGGCAAAAAGGCUGGCUGUUAUGAUUUUCGAGAAAAACGCAGGUCCAAUCUGA